AUGUCUCUGCUCACCCAUCUCUUAGUCUGCAUCUUUGGCUCUGGCUCCUGGAUAGCCAUCAAUGGACUCUGGGUAGAGUUGCCUCAGCUGGUACCAAAACUACCCGAGGGUUGGAAUCUACCCUCCUACCUCACAGUCAUCAUCCAGCUAGCCAAUGUGGGGCCGCUCCUCAUCACCCUGCUCCACCGAUUCCGGCCUGGCUGCCUCUCUGAGGUCCCAGUCAUCUAUGUUGUGCUGGCCCUGGGCACGACUGCCUGCCUCCUCUUCGCUUUCCUGUGGGAGAAGACUACAGUGGUGGCUGGUGUUCCCCAUAGCACAGCUUUCCUAGUCCUCACCUUCGUCCUGGCCAUAGUGGACUGCACUUCCUCUGUCACUUUCCUGCCUUUCAUGGCCCGAAUGCCAGCCCAGUACCUUAACACCCUUUUUGUUGGAGAAGGACUGAGUGGUCUCCUCCCUUCUCUGGUGGCUUUGAUCCAGGGCUCAGGGACCAAAACUUGCACCCAUGUCACCAAUAGCUCUAUAACCACUGUGCCACCUAAAAUCACUAAUGUAUCCUUUAUUCCUGGGGUACAGAACAUGACCAUGAGCCCUGGCCUCAUUGCUGGAAAACCUCAACCAGAGAAUUGUCACAUCUCAGCCAAUUUCUCUCCCUUUGUCUACUUUCUCCUGUUGUCUGUCAUGAUGGCCAGCUGUCUGGCUGCCUUUUUUGGCCUGAGACGUCUCUCCAAGCGAUGGAAACUCCUUACUGAAGACCACAUGGCCAACCAAGUGACUCUGAGAUCCUUCAAUCUCCAAGAAGCCUCAGCUGGCAGCAGCAACAGAGACAGCUGCUCAACACUGGCCCCGCCUGAGGAGACUAAGGCCCCUGUCUGGUCACGGGCCCAAUUAGCCUUCAUCUACGCCAUGGUGGCUUUUGUGAAUGCCCUCACCAAUGGAAUCCUCCCUUCUGUUCAUACCUACUCCUGCCUGCCCUAUGGUCCUAAGGCUUAUCACCUGUCUUCAGUGCUUGGCGCUCUUACCCACCCCCUGGUUUGCCUCCUGUCUAUGUUCCUUCCUGAAAUGUCUCUUUUUUGGCUAGGGGUCACCACAAUGGUGGCCAGUGGUUUUGGAGCCUACAACUUGGCCAUGGCUGUCCUAAGUCCCUGCCCUCUGCUGAAGGGCUCCCGUUGGGGAGAAGCCAUCAUCAUUUCUUCUUGGCUGCUUUGCGGUGGGAUCCUGAGCUAUGUUAAGGUGAUGACUGGGGUGCACCUGCGCAAGGUGAGCCAGAGCGCCCUCCUGUGGUGUGGUGCAGCAAUACAGCUGGGCUCUGCAUUUGGAGCGAUACUCAUGUUUCCUCUUGUCAACGUGUUGCACCUUUUUAAGUCAGCCAAUGAAAUCAGCCAGUGUCCCAGCUGA